AUGGUUUUGGCCGAUCUAGGACGAAAGCUCAACGCCGCUCUCUCUGCUCUCAAUAGGUCUCCUGUUGUGGACGAAAAGGUCCUCGAUGCCACACUCAAAGAAAUUACAUCGGCUUUGCUCGAGUCUGACGUCAAUGUCAAGCUCGUCGCUUCCCUACGGCAAAAAGUGAAGGCCAAGGUGAAAGCGACGCUAGAGUCCAAUACAGGCGACAAAUCGAAGGAGAUUAACAAGAAGAAUAUGAUGCAAAAGGCUGUAUUUGAUGAGCUCGUCGCCUUGGUUGAUCCAGGCGUCGAACCAUACAAACCCAAGAAAGGGCAGUCAAAUGUCAUAAUGGCGGUCGGUCUCCAAGGUAACGGUAAAACCACGACAUGUACCAAGCUCGCCGUACACUACCAAAAGCGCGGCUUCAAGUCUGCCAUUGUCUGCGCUGAUACAUUCCGUGCUGGUGCUUUCGACCAGACUCGACAAUCAGCAACCAAAGCCAAGGUCGCUUACUUCGGUUCGUACACUGAAACGGAUCCUGUAUCAAUCGCUGCGCAAGGUGUAGCUAAAUUUAAGAAGGAGAGAUUCGAUGUUAUCAUUGUGGACACUUCAGGAAGACAUAAGCAGGAGUCAGAGUUGUUCGAGGAGAUGGUACAGAUUGGGGAGGCUGUGAAGCCGAAUAUGACGGUUUUGAUUCUGGACGCCAGUAUAGGUCAGGCUGCCGAGGCACAAAGUCGUGCAUUUAAGGAUGCUGCUGAUUUUGGAGCGAUUAUCGUAACGAAGAUGGAUGGACACGCUAAAGGUGGAGGUGCUAUAUCUGCUGUGGCGGCCACUAAAACACCUAUAAUCUUCCUCGGUGUGGGAGAGCAUCUACAUGACUUGGAUCGAUUCUCACCACAGCCAUUUAUCUCAAAGCUUUUGGGUUUGGGUGAUGUUCAAGGUCUCAUGGAGCAUAUGCAGGAUCUCGCCACACAAAAUCCAGACAAGCAGAAAGAAAUGGCCAAAAAGCUGGAAGAAGGAAAGCUGAGCAUACGGGACUGGCGAGAGCAGAUUUCAAAUGUCAUGAACAUGGGUCCGAUUAGCAAAAUUGCAUCGAUGAUUCCGGGACUGCCACAAGAUCUAUUGCAAGGAUCUGAUGAAGAAGGAUCGCUGAGGAUGAAGCGUAUGAUCUAUAUUACAGAUAGUAUGACCGCGGGCGAGCUGGAUUCCGACGGGUCACCGUUCAUGGAGAUGGGCAAGGAUGGCAAACCCAUCGGCCUAACAUGGCGGGUUACACGUGUUGCGCGGGGAAGUGGGACGAGUGUGCGAGAAGUAGAGGAACUGCUGUGUCAAUACCGGAUGAUGGCCAAUAUGGCCAAGCAGGCAGGUGGGAAGAACGGAUGGCUGUCAGCUAUGCAAAAAAUGCAGAAUGCUGCCGGUGGCAAAGGACGUGGUGCAGGCGGUAUGCCAACACCUGCUCAAAUUCAAGCUAUGCAGCGAGCCAUGCCACCCGGUAUGCUGCAACAGAUGCAGAGACAACUCCGGAGCGGAGGUGGAAUGCAAGAGAUGAUGAAAGCUAUGAUGCAAGGCCAAGGAGGUGACCAAUUCGACAUGGAAGAAAUGCAGCGGAUGAUGGCUCAGAUGGGAGGAGGUGGCCUUGGAGGUUUAGGAGGACUUGGAGGCCUCGGAGGUCUCGGCGGCCUUGGUGGUGGAAUGGGAGAUAUGCUCAAGAUGAUGGGAAUGGGAGGGGCACGAUAA